AUGAGAAUUUUAUUGCAAGUGACUGAAAAUUAUGCAGUUAAUUGGGAAGAUGUUGUGGCGAUCGUUUGCUUAGUAUUGGCUGUGGUUCUCUGUCUAUUAGAUUUUUUUAAAUUCAGGAGUAAUUUAAAAAUUGCAUUGAUCCUGAUAGCAAUAACACUUGCACUGUGGAACUCUUGUCUGCGUUGGCUGGAGGCUUUUGGAACACUUCUGUUGCUAUUUUGGCUUUGA